GCGUGUGCGGCAUGUUUGGGUUUCAGCUCGGCAGCCCCGUAGUGGUGCUGCUGCUGCUGUUAUUGCUGACGGCCGACGGGGCCAUCCCGCCGCCGGAGGAUGCGGCACGCAUGGCGCGCUUCGUGCUGCACACCUGCGACUGGGGCGCACUGGCCACGCUCUCCGCGCAGGAGGGGUUGCGUGGCUACCCCUUCGCCAACGUCUUCUCCCUCAGCGACGGGCCGCCCGGGCCGCUCAGCGGCAGCGGCAUCCCCUACUUCUACCUGACCGACAUGGAGAUCUCCGUGCAGGACCUGGAGAUCAAUUCAAAUGCCUCCUUGACUGUAUCUUUGGCACAGACUCCUUACUGCAAGAAGCACAAAUAUGAUCCCCAGAAUCCCCUGUGUGCCCACAUCAUCUUCAGUGGGAAUGUUGUAAAGGUGAAUGAUUCAGAAGCAGGCUUAGCAAAAAAAGCAUUAUUUAGUCGCCAUCCUGAGAUGGAAAGUUGGCCUAAGGGUCACGCUUGGUUCUUUGCCAAAUUCAAUAUCACCUAUAUUUGGGUCCUGGACUACUUUGGUGGAUUGAAAAUUGUGACGCCAGAAGAAUAUUACAACGUCAAGCCUUAUUUCGCUCUUACUCUUUGUAGGUGGCAGAAGAUUCUUGCUGAUGCUGAUACACAGAUGAAUUACUUGAGUUGUUUCAUGAAAGAUUUAUUUUUUAAUAUGUGUUGUACAGCUGAAUUAAUUAUGAAAAAAAUCACUUUGCAUUGUUAAUGAGCUUGUAUAGUCCUGAAGUAAUGUGAGUUCUCACUAACUAGCACAGCUUAAAUCAUGUCAUACUCAGAAACCUUUGUGCGUAAGUCAUAAUUAAAUCUUAUUCACUAGACACGCUUCUGGAAAGAUAUCUGUCUGACAAUCUGCAUUCAGAAACGCUGUGUUUACUGGAAAAUAAAGGAUUAGUCUAGUUCUAGUGGUUUGUGAGCAUUUCCAAUUUUUUUUUUUGUUUGUUUUUAAUACCAGUUUAGUUUAGAUCUUCAUGGCAAAGUACUACAGGAUGGCUCAGCUGACUGUGGAAUGGAAAGCGUUGCUUGUAUUACAAUGGCAAAUGAUAUGCAGAGUUUCCAAUUUCCGUUGAUAAUUUUCUUUGCACACUAAUACAUUCACUUGUUUGAGCCAUUGUUCUAUUUUGCUACGUAUAUUGAAUGUGCUAUAGAAUAUGACUUGUGUUUAUAUAAACUCUGUGUAUACCUCAGAAUUAAGUUCUUGGUAACUCUUAGCAGGCAGUGGUUAUGUGCCCUGACUCUUUAAUGGAAGCAGGGUGUGGUAAUACCUAAAGCAUGUCUUUAGUAUAAAAAGUGUAAUGGCUUGUAAGUUCAAUAAGAAUGUUGUAAAGGGUAAAUGUUUUCUGUUUAUAAUUCUGAAAUCUUCAGCUUUGGUAGUCUGAUCAAAUAGCAACAUAUCAGCUUUUAUUACCCGUAGCAGUAGAAAUAGGCAGACUCUUGGCUUCGAAGCCUUACACAGCAAUUUUUGGUUAAUAACCCAAAAGUGAGAACUAAGCAAUACAGUAUGAUAGAGAUGAUUCAUGACUUGUAGAGAAUGAAAAUGAAAGGUGUGCGUAAUUAAUUCUGUGUUAAAAUAAGCCACACACAACCACAAAAAGAAAUAAAUUAACAUCUUUUUACCUCCUCUCUCAUCUACCAUGAGCUAGGUUCACAAAUACCCAAAAGUGAUUAUGAAAACUAAGUUGAUUUUACAAUGAGCAAAUAUUACCUAGUUGUCAGAGUAACGAAUGUGAGAACUUAGACUCCUUAGAGGCAGACCAAUAUAUAGAACAGUGGAAUUCAUCAUAUCAAAUCAGGUUAAUGUUGUUAUAGUAUUGCUACUUCCUGGAAUUAUUUGUGAAAGUAUUUUUGGUGUAAUGUAUUACAUUUUCCUUCUCUGCAAGGAGAAAAAAUGUACUUGUUACUGAAUCAAACCCAUUCUGUCCUGCUGUUUGAAACUUAAAAUAUGGAAACAAUUUAUGUUGAAGAGAUAACUGUCAUUAAAUGCGAAACCAGAAAAUAGUUUUAUAUAAAGCAUAGCAAUUGUGGAAACUCAAAUUAUCCACUGGUAUGAACUCAGUUCUUACCAUGGGGCCACUUGAAUGCAUUGCAUGUCACUCUGUAACUUCUGA